AAGCUGGUUUCUGGUAUCGAUGGCCCCAGAACCACAAUUCAAGUCUCACAGACUAAACGAGACAACAAAAGUCUGACAGUGGAGGCAACCAUAAACAACAACCAACACGUGGCUACAAUUGACACCGGUGCCACUGCCUCUAUUGUACGAAGAGACUUGGUGAAGAUGACAUGGCUACAUAACACCAACAGCUACCGUCUGAAGACCGCCACAGGAGAAGCAGCAAGGGUGUACGGUGAAGUUCGUCUUACGAUCCGUAUGGCAGAACUAGAGUUUUCGCAUGUGUUUUUGGUGGCAGAUAUAUGUGACGAGUGCAUCAUUGGAAUCGACUUCAUGAAGGAGCAUGGAAUCAUUUUGGAUAUCGGUAAUCAAGUCCUGAAAUACAGAAAUGUAGAGAUUCCAAUGGUCUAUGGCACUGACAACUCGACAACAAUUAGAACUGUCAUCAAAGAAGACAUGUGCCUGCCUCCUUCUUCAGAAGUUUUUGUGUGGACCAAGUUAAAGGGGAACUUUGGAAGCCAUCGAUACCUCAUGGUUGAACCAGAAGUUGAGCAAAGUUCCGAAAACAUCAUCAUCGGGAAGACUCUUGUGGCACCAAAGAACAACAUGGUACCUGUACGUAUACUUAACAUCAAACCGUACCCAAUCAAGCUUAAGAAAGGAGAAGUUGUUGGGCAAUGUGAAUCUGUGUCCGCAAUAACUAAGAUCAACGACAUGGACACACAGAUGACUAUGAACUCUGAGAAACUAAAGACUCAAAUUCUCAAAUCAGACAACUUGAGUCAACAUCAGCUUAAUGUUGCUGGAAGGCUUCUUCAUGAAUAUGCUGAUAUCUUCUCUUCACCCAGCGGGCAAUACGGCCGAACACAACUGGUGCAGCAUCGAAUCGAUACAGGAGACGCUAGGCCGAUUCGUCAACCAGCAAGACGUCUCCCCUUGGCCAAACAAGGUGAAGUUGAAGAAAUGAUAUCGACAAUGAAGAAAGACGGGCUGAUCGAAAAUUCCAAAAGCCCUUGGGCAUCACCGGUAGUUCUCGUCAAAAAGAAGGAUGGAAGCACUCGAUUUUGUGUCGACUACCGCAGGCUGAAUGAUGUGACGAAGAAAGACAGCUACCCACUGCCAAGAAUCAGCGAUACUCUAGAUGCAAUGGAAGGAGCACAAUGGUUUUCGACUUUGGAUUUGAAGAGUGGCUACUGGCAGGUAGAAAUCCAUCCAGAAGAUCGGGAGAAAAUUGAAGAAAUUUUAGACAAUAUAAUAUCUUCUCCUGAAGAUGAAAUCUGUGAAAAGUUGUUUGCUGAAACGACAACUCGCAAUGCUGAUGGUCGCUACAUUUGUAAGCUUCCUUUCAAAGAUGAAGUUCCAGCUCUCGGGGUAUCGAGAGAACAAACCUUGAAACAGUAUCUUAGUACUGAAAAUGCAUUAGCUAAAAACCCAAGUUUCCAUACUGAAUACAACAAUGUUCUCGAAGAAUAUUUAACCCUAAAUCACAUGAAAAAAGUUGCUCCGAUCGAAAUUCAAAAGUCUACCGACAUAAAUUCUUAUUAUUUACCUCAGCACGCUGUGAUAAAACCCGAGAGUACUACUACCAAAACCCGAAUCGUAUUUAAUGCAUCCAGUCCAACUUCAAAUGGUAAAAGUUUAAACGACAUUCUUUAUACUGGUCCUAGCUUACAGUCAGAUCUCAUUUCAUUAAUUCUCAAUUGGCGUUUCUAUAGAUACGUUUUUAAUGCUGACAUCACAAAAAUGUACCGCCAGAUUUUUGUUCAUCCUGAACACACCCCAUUCCAAAGAAUUUUGUUUCGAAACUCAAGAAAUGAACCCGUUAGCGAUUUUGAACUGCAAACCGUCACAUUUGGUAUCAAUUGUGCACCGUUUUUAGCAAUCCGAACCCUAAAACAGCUAGCUGAUGAUAUUCAAACUCAAUUUCCAUUAGCAUCAAACAUUAUUCGAAAUGAAUUUUAUGUAGACGAUGCCCUCUCUGGUGCUCAUGAUAUUGGAACAGCUAAGCUUUGCCAACAAGAGUUAGUGGCAGCCUUAAACUCAGCUGGUUUCACCCUUAGAAAAUGGACUUCUAAUUGUUCCGAACUUUUAGAUUCAUUUCCCUCUGCAGAUCUCUUAAGUCUAGAGUUCCUAAAACUAGAAGAAAAGUCCAGCGCAAAAAUGUUAGGAAUAUAG